UUAGUUUGAUUUAAAUUAAUUUUUCAAAAAUUCAAAAUCAUUUGCAAUGUUAUGGUCGAUAUCAACAUAUAUUUCAUCGAAUCUAAGUUCAAUAGUAUUGAUACUUUUAUUUCUUCGUUAUCUGGUAUCAUUGAACAAAGAUAAACGUUUACCAAAAGGACCAAAUGGUUUUCCAUUACUUGGUUAUUUACCAUUUUUAGGUUCAAAUCCACAUUAUACUUUAUGGAAAUUGGGUGAACAAUAUGGUUCGAUUUAUACACUGCCACUUGGUGAACAAAAAAUUGUCAUACUAAAUGAUUGGGAUUCAGUAAGGAAUGCCCUUCGAAAAGAUUCAUUUCUUGGCCGUCCAGAUGUUUCAUUAUUUUCAUUGGUUACCGGGGUUAAAAGUUUAAUCGAUGAUGAUCAUUAUAGUUGGCGUGAAGAUCGAAAAUUUUUCGAAACAUUAUUUCGUACAUGUUUUGAUAGUUCGAAUAUAUUUAAAAAUCUUUUGAAUGAACUAAAAUCAUUAUUGAUUUAUUUGAAACGUACUAAUCGACAACCGAUUGAAAGUCGUAAAAAUAUAACCAAAUAUGUUAAUAAUUUUUUCAGUCAAUUUAUAUUCGGACGACAUUAUAUUUCAUCCAAAUCAUUAUUUGAUUCAGCGUUGUUUUUAAGAAUUUCAAUACUAUCAUUAUAUCCGUCAUGGAUAUCGAAAACAUUUUAUAAAUUAUUUGUUUGGUUUAAUCAUCAUCAUUUUACAUUGUUUGCUAAAUUUUUUCGAAAUGAAACGAAAAAUCAUUUGAAAUCAAUUCGUACGGAAUCCACUUCUAUUCGUGAUCUAAUUGAUUAUUAUAUUUUAGAAAUACAGAAUAAAAAAAAUAACUAUUCAUCAACUACAAUGUCAAUUGAUAAAUUUCGUGCAAAUUGUCAAGUUUUUCUUAGUUUUGGUUGUGAAGCAUUUAUAUCAUCAUUUGAAUGGUCACUAAUAUCAAUAGCAUAUUUUAAUGAAUAUCAACAAACAAUGUUUAAAGAAAUUGAAAAAGCUAUUGGUUUACAACGAAUACCCGAAUUUAAAGAUGAAAUUCGUAUGCCAUUCACAAUGGCAUUUUUAAAUGAAGUACUACGUUGGAAAACUGUUUUACCAUUUAAUUUAACCAGAAGGUCUACAGAUGAUGCUACAAUUUUAGGUCACUUUAUUCCUAAAGAUACAUUAGUUGUUGCUAAUAUUUGGGCUGUACAUCAUGAUCAAACAAUAUGGGAACAUCCAUUUCGUUUUAAUCCAUAUAGAUUUUUAACCGAUGAUGGUCGAACAUUGAUCAAUGAUCAUGAAGGAUUUAUGCCAUUUUCAUUGGGCAAACGAUCAUGUGUUGCUGAAACAUUUGUAAAAAAAUGGCUAUUUAUUUAUAUUGUUGUUAUUUUACAGAAUUUUUCAAUUAGUUCAUCAAGUGGUGAAGAAGCAUUUGAUGAAGUAUUUAACAAAGUUUCACCGCUUGAUAAUGGUACAUUAGUAACAUUUAUCAAUAAUUACAUGUACGCUAUGAUUGGAAUGUUUGAUGAAUUUGUUGAUCAUCUUGAAACAAAAUUAAUCAAUUUAAAUCAUCGUAUUGAUAAUAUUCAAGCUAAUCUGGUUAUACUUGAAAUGAAACUUAAUAGUGUGAAUAAUAAUAGUACAUUGUUGUUAAGCAAUGAUGAUUCGAAUACGACGUUAGAUGAUAAUCAAUCAAAUAAUAAUCAAGUAAUAACCGCUCCGGAAAUGCUUGAUAAGAUCAAUGUACAACAAGAUGAUAUCAAAAUCGAAUCAUCAACCGUAUCCGAUAAUAAUCAAUCAGUGGAUGAUGAAAAUCUCGAAAUAUAUAAACGAAUGCUUCGUUUUGGUGUUAAUGAAAAUGCUGUUCGUCAAAAAAUGUUAAUCGAUGGUGUUGAACCUUCGUUAUUAAAUUUAUGAUUAUUUAAAUUGAAAAAAAUUGAAAUAAAAUUAAUG